UUGGACCGCAGCUACCACUACCACACCAGAUUGGACCCCUUCGGCCUCCUCCUCCUCCUCCCCACCUUCAUCACCCCAAGAGUCUCCACCUCCCUUCGUUUAAUCUUCCCUCGUCUCCGGUCCAAAGUUCCCUCGUCUCCGGUCCAAAGUUCCAACACAAAAGGAAGCCAAGCCCCUCGAGUCUUCCUCCUCCCCCUCGCCGCGGUUCCGACCCCAAACUCCGCCCUUUAAAUCGUCCGCGGCGUCUUCUUGCAUACGCGUCAAGAAUCCUGCUGCUCUGCGUCGCCGCGGUUGGUUCUUGCCGGAGGUUGUGGGUAGGUUGCCGCCGGCCGGUUUAGGAUGACCGAGGACGCCAGAGGGCGGGCGGUCAACCCGUCCUGCCGCAACGCCGCCAACCCUUUCCACCGCUGCGCCGAGUACUGCCCCGUCGCCGCCCCCGCGGGCAAGUCACCGGCGGCGCCGCCGCCGCCUGGCCGCGCGGUGCAGAACGGGACCGGACCGCGCGGCGACGGAGCGGGAGGGGCGAGGCAGCAGGCGGUCAACCCGGACUGCCCCAACGCCGACAACCCCUUCCACCGCUGCGCCGACUACUGCCCCGUCGCGCCCCCGGCGGUGAAGUCGCCUCCGCUGCCGCCGGGCCUCGGGGGCCAGAACGGGAGGACGCACAGCGACGGCGACCUGCAGCCCAGGACGCGCCGCCGCGACAGGGCCGGCGGCUCCGGCGGCGGCCUCCCCCUCUACGUCUUCCUGCGUGAAGGCUCCUCGGACGGAGAAGGCAAGAAGGUGGAUCCCCGGUGCCCCAACGCGCCCAACCCGUUCCACGUCUGCACCAACCACUGCCUCGCCAAGAUGGUCGAGGGCGGCCGCUCGUCGGAGGGUGGCAAAUCCCCCAUUUCCCUCUUCUCCCGCCACUCCGGUCGCUCCACCUCCUCUUCGGAAGAUGGCAGCGUCAAGUCCGGGGGCAGCAAGAAGGCGGAUCCAAAAUGCCCGAAUGCCGGCAACCCUUUUCAUGAAUGUGGAGAGCAUUGUACCACCAAGAUGAAGGAACUGGAGAAGCAGAAGAAAGCCGAUAAGAAGUCGCCACGCAGGAAAGGUGGGAAGGAUGGCGCCGUGGUGCAAAAUUGGAAGGUCGAUCCGAGGUGCCCAAAUGCGGGCAAUCCGUUUCAUAUAUGCGCCCAGUACUGUUUCGAUCAUUUGAACGAAGCGCCAUCAACACCUACAAGCAAGCCAGACUCAAGAAAGGGAAAGGCUGUCAUGAAAUCAGAGCCAACAGGAGAAAUCAAUCCUGAUUGUGUCAAUGCAUCCAAUCCGUAUCAUAAAUGUGGAGAAUAUUGCAAAAGAAAUGGCAACAGAUAGAGACAAGGCUGUCAAGAUACCGCUUCUCCUCCAGAUGACGAUGGUGAAAAAUAAGUGAUGCUCGCGACAUUAGCCUUUUUAAGUUGCAGUAAGUAGUAGCUGUGUCUUGUCCGGCUCAUUUUGUAGUUUGGCUGCAGCGGCUCCGUCUUCCCGGUGCUUGCGUGUAUAUUUUUCUACAUCCAUACUAUACAUAUAUUCUUCAUGGUGUUCAUACCAGAUUAAUGAGUUUGCAUAUGUAGGCCAGUGUAAGGUAUUGCCCGAAUACGUAUAGUAGUCAUAUUCUUUUGUAAUACAUAUAUCGGCAUUAAGCAUGUUUUGCCCCCUUC